AUUCGUGCUAUUAAAUCCAAAAAUUAGGUUACGAAAUAAAAUAUUACACAAAGUUUAUUCUUAUAAAAGAGAGCGAUGUCUGAUUUAUACGAAGAGUUUGGUACAAUGAUCGAGGUGUCUCCCGGGCUGACCCAGGAGUAUGUCAACCGAGCUCUCACCAAAUGGUUCGGGGAAACAGCCACCUUCACCCAUUGGGAGUACGUGAGUGAAACUGGAAAAGGUGACUCUUAUCUAAGCGAAGUCAUCCGCAUUAAGAUAUACGGAGACUUAAACGGCACUUCGAAACACGUUCAAGUGGUCCUGAAGACUAUUCCCAAAAACGUAUGCAGACGUCUUACGUUCCGAAGCCACGAUUUCUUCAGAAACGAAAUAAUAUUCUACGAAAAAGUACUGCCCGAAUUACUAAAGUUUCAAGCUAAGAAGAAUAUUCUGGAACCGUUUGACAACUACACGAAACUCUUUUUGACUUACAUGGAUGGUGUAAAUGAUGUGAUAUGCCUCGAAGACGCUUCUUUGGAGGACUUCGGGAGUGCUGUAAGACAGGAGGGCAUAGAUAUUUCCCACUGCAAGGUCACUCUGAAAUCCCUUGCCAAAUACCACGCUUUAUCCUUUGCGAUGAGAGACCAGGACCCAAAGACAUUUAAUGCUAUCAAAGAUCUGAUCGAAGAGGAAUACUACCAUCCGAGACUCUGGGAUUGGUACCAGAAGUUCUGGUACCGAAUCUGCGGCAUUGCUGUCGACGCAGUUGUAAAAGAGUAUCCUAACACCAUUUAUGCUGACAAAAUAAAAGAGUUCGCAGUUCCCGAACGUUAUAAGGACAUGAUUAAAGCGGUGGAGGACCAGACUAACGGAGUUCUUAGUCACGGCGACUGCUGGACAAACAAUUUCUUAUACAAAUACGUUAAUGGAACUCCCGUCGAUGCGAAGCUGAUCGACUUUCAGCUAACGAGAUGUGCUAGUCCGGUUUUGGAUUUGUCCUUCUUUAUAUACGCUUGCACGGACGACAAACUGAGACAGGCACAUUACGAUAAUCUUCUUCAGUAUUAUUAUGAUUCUCUGUCCACUCAUAUAAGGAAUUUGGGAAGUGACGCAAACAAAGUGUAUUCAAAGGAGACGUUUUUGGCUGAAAUCAAGAAGUAUUCGUACUUUGGUCUAGCGUUUAGCUUCGAAUCCACGCCGUUCAUUGUUUUAGCGCCCGAAGACGCGGUCAAUAUGGAAAUGGAGGGCGACGAGAAAAAGAAUAUCGACGACUUUUGGCAGAUGCAGCCGUUUAAGACUAAAGAGGGGCGGCUGAGGGAAGCUAACAACGUGGUUCACUGCGUCGACAGGGGUUUUAUAUAAACUAGACAGCGAUAUAGAUUACACAAACAACAAAAUCUCUGAAAUCGUACAUUUUUAGCUUUAAGAACAGGA